AAGAAAAGUUUUUUAAAACGAGAGAGCAGAUAUUUUUUAACUUUUGCAUCCAACCAUUUUUAAUAUAUACAACUUUUCUAAAAAUGUAACCAUUAAAGUGGAUGGGCUCUCCAAGAAAUUCUUCGCUACAUGUUGGAAUGCACUUGUUUAUAAACUUUUUAUAAUGGUUCAUCACGUCUUGCCAGAAUGGAUUUUAAAAGUUUUUCCUUAGCUAUUAGCAUAUUCACCACCACAAGUAUCAAGCUUCACUAACUCCGGAGAAAUAACUGACAUCAAGCUAGUGAGACUGCCACUGUUAAAUUUCAAAUGUCAUAACACCUAAUUGUUGACUGUGGCUGUGAAAGAAUUAUGCCUUCAUGAGACUGAUAACUGGCCUUUUUCGAAACCUUAAUUAAUUAAUCUAACAAGAAAAGUUUCCUUGUCCACAAAGAAUUUUUUUAAAAACUUCAACAGUAAAGCCGUCUGCAUCUGACCUUUUAUUACGGUUUUAUUCUUUAACACUGAACCAGCCUACUGCAGUGUAAUAAGGCCCUCCAAAGAUUCUGAUGCUUCAAGAGUUAACAUCAUGUAGCAGGUUACUUAAUUUCAUAUUAUCUACUGGUCGAAAUUUGUACAGUUCUUCAUAAAAAUGUUGGACUUUCUUUAAAAUUUCAUCUUGAUCCAUAAUAUUUUUUCCAUUUCCCUUGUCCAAGUAACCUAUGGAUUUAUUUACAAAAAUUCUGUGACCAUUUUACACAGCCUUCCCCUUCCAUCCUUUUAUUUCACUGUCAUGUAGGCCAUUAACAUUCAAUGUAGCUAUGCUAAAUUCACUUGUUUUUGUAAUUAUUUUUCAUCCUUGACAAUUUUAAAGAGUAAUAGAUAGCUGUGAAUGAAGCUACCAUCAUAAUUGAUAAUUCCUGCAUAUACAUAACUGCAUGAAGAUCUGAAUAAAACUGUGACUACAUAGCUCCCUUGCCUGGUGUUAAGGCAUAUGCUCACUAUGACCAUCAAAGUCAUACAAAUAAUUUAAAAUAAUGAGAGACGGCAGCAAUAUAAAUCACAAUAAUGAGAAGACAGAAAAUAUAAAGACAAACACAAAAAAUACAAGAUACAGAUAAACAGACUAUAUGGGGUUGGUAAGGUGACAACCAUGGUCACAAUGUUUUACACUGAGCACUGAUCUCAUGGUGUGGCACAGGAGGUGGAAAAGUGUACAAGUAAAGCUGCGGGUUAACUUAUAUAUAUCGUUGUAGAAACCUAGUGUCUGCUUCUUUAUCUUUACAACUGAUUAGAUUUUAUUUUUCCUGUCGAAAGAGACCAGGAAGUCUUUUGAAAGUCCGGGUCGACCGAGAGGAUGAAAAAGGUCGCAUAAUCCCGUGUCAAACGAGAGGAGGAAAGAAUUCAAAUUAAAUACAACAAACAACAAAUACUAGAGAGCGCAGCGUUAAUUCGCGAGAGUAGAAAAAGAUGACAAAAUAUGUUUGUUAUGCAGUCUUUUGUAGCUUAAACACUACAAGCAUCAUGAUGAUUAAAAUAAACUAGGAGUUUUAAAAACCAUGUAGAGAGCGCAAAAGUCGUGAAUGCGGAAGACAGACUGUAGUAAUGAGAUUGCUGUCGUUUUAUUUUCCUUGUUAUCCCUAGACUAAAUUAAAAAGAAUGUCUAGUGAAAAUCGUCUGUAACAUUUUCCACAUGCCUGAAAGAAGCCUUCUAUUCAUUGUAGAGGCAGCCAUCAUCAUCGGAAUGUAUGCGCAGUGAAUCCGUUGUAGCUUUUUUUUUUAACUCGUUUAGUUUACAUCCGGAAAGGAGUGUUUUUAAGAGGCUGUUUACGUCGAUGUAUUAGAGAUAUAAAAAAAUAUUUUUAAAAAUCAGAUGUCAUAGAUAAGAGAUAAACGUUUUUUAAAACCACUUUGACAGUUACUUCGUGCGAGUUGGUAUUGAGAGAAUACAAGAAGGAAAAUAUUUUGUCCAGAAAGUAAGAGAAAGGUGACCACAGUCAAAACGCGUUUUACAAAGUCAGUUUUUCUAGGUUGCUAAGACAAGAUAACUGUUUCGACCGGCGUUAGCUUCCAUCCUCUUCGAAUUAACAACAAUGGGCUUCCUAGCAAUGUUAAUCAGUGUUGCUCUGAUUCUUUGGUGCCUCUUCCUGUCCUCAUAUGUGACAAGUGCUGACAGUGACAUCUGCUAUCAAGGAUACACUGGGCCUGACAGUGGAGGUAGUUGCACAUUUAGCAGUUCUGGAUUUUGUAAUUAUCAAAGGACUUAUAAAGGAGCACAGUGGGAAGUCAACAAGAAUAGAGAAGCUUUUGUUAACAUGUAUGGAAAGGAUGAGGGUAACAAAGCAGUUCUCACCAGUCCGUGGAUGUGUGGGGACAACAUUACAACGAUCUGCAUCCAAUUUAAUUUCAUGUUUAAUUGCCGUGAUGGAGGCAGACUGACACUUAAACUGUGUCAUGUCACAACAGGAUGUCACGUUGUGUGGUUCGCAGAUUCUGAGGACAAAGAGAAAUGGAAGUGGCAUCAAGCACGCGAAAACAUUGCCGUUACUAAGAGAGGACAGUUUCAGAUACAGUUUGAAGGAGAGAAGACACACGAUUACUCGAUUUAUACGGAAACAAACUUCUACCUCGACAACAUUGUUUACAACAACGCUUCUUGUUUCACCGACUCGACUUCAGCUCCUCCACCGACGAGUGAUGAUCUGUUAUCGACUUUGGGUGAGACAAUAACAACAGACACUUCUACUGACCUUCCCACAACAACACUUGAAGAAGACAAUAACAAGGAAAACCAGAAUGCAAACGACGAGGAAGAGUCGCCCAAACUAAUAAUGAUCGCAACAAUCCUCGCAGUGCUCCUGCUAGUGGCGGCUGUAGUGGUUGUCGUUCUUUACUUCAGACGCCAGAGGGCAGACGGUGUCACUGGAAGCACGAAGCGCUCCGUAACAAAAGAUCACGAGAGUUCUAUAGUUAUGGUCAACAAUGAUGUCUACUCCAUCUCAGGGCAAACAGAAGGUGAUAACCACACUGAAGAUGGUAUUCCUUUACAUGAGAUGGGCACUCCACAGGACCACACCUACUACUGUAUGGUUCACACCUUGCACCCAGAGCCCGACCCGGAUGUUCUUGUUGUCCAUGGACGUGACAACCUCAGUGGGAGUGAGAACUAUGAGAACUUCACUCUAGAUAAAAGUAAUGUGAAACCUCCACAGUCUAUCCUAGGUAUUUCCUCACAGACCUGAACCACCAAACCACAAAUGGCUAAUAAUGAUAAUUACAAUAAUUAUUUCCAGUGAAUCAGCUUAAAGAUAAGUUUUUACAUGAUGCCUGUGUAUUAUGCAUGUUUGCAACUCUUUCUUUUAUCAUGACACCAAUAAAUUUUCCCAUAAUAAACUAUGAAAAAGUGGAAAUGUUUCAUUUUCAAACUUGAAAAGUUGCAAAUACUGGAAAAGAACUUCUUGUCAUGUAUACCUUCACAAGAGAUUAAAACAUCGAGCAGCAGGCACUUAAACAUUUGGUCAUAAUAUGUAUUAGAGCAUUACAAACAGCUUUCCCUUUUCAAAAGUAGGAUUUUAUAAUAAAUAAAUAAGCUGUCCAGUGAAAGAUGAUAAAAAGGUAGAUGGCAAGAAGUGUGUGGACGAGUGUGUCACAGUGGAGGUAGUGAAUGUUCAAGUAAUUUGGGCAUGAACAUUAGUAUUAUGCAUUGUGUAUAAACGGGUGUAAAUCAUACAAGAGAGCUCCAAAUUGUGUAAAGAGAAUUUGCCAAUAGGGUCUCUAAUGUUCUUCUGAAAUCAAUGUCAAAUUGUGAUUAAAAAGGAAAUUUCGUGCAAUUAACAGAUUGGU